AUGAACCGGGGUGUUCAUGUCUUGAUGGGCCUAGAUCAACACCAGACAAUCGUGGAACGGAUGGCAAGAAAGCACAUCCAACAGCCUGUGAAGACCGAUCCAAGAUCUUGGCGAGGGGACCUGGGAGGAGAGGGGAGGAUACUGCCGCAGGAGUACGUCGCACAGCGGUUGAUGAGUCACGAAGAUGCGCAAUACGUGAUCAAGAACGUCGCUGCAUACCGAUACACCGAGGAGACGAGGAUUGCCAGAAUCUACAUGGAGUACGCACCACAUGGCGAUCUCCACGACCUCCUAAAACUGCACCAACAAGCUCAAAGGCGUGUAACUGAGCCCUUCCUCUGGGUAGUCUUCCGCGCUCUUAUCGAAUCUGCUUUCAUCAUGAAGUACGGCUCCUUGGACAAGAAAAGCAAGCCGAAGGACUGGCUUGAGAUAGUGCAUCGAGAUCUCAAGCCUUCAAACAUCCUACUGAGCACCAACGACUCCGGCCAUUUCAACAUGUAUCCGAGACCGAAACUCUCUGACUUUGGACUGUCCAUUCUGACCUCCGAGGAUGACACCUGCAACCCCUAUCUGUACGUCGGCGCCAGUACUCAAGGAUAUCUUGCACCAGAGCAGAAACUCUUUCAUGAUCCCGUCAGCACCAAAUACGUGGAUGAUGAUGAGAUGUUGUACCCAUGUAAUAUCUGGGCCAUCGGAGCGGUCAUGUAUGCACUGAUGACAUUGACCACACUGGACUCGAGCACACCUGACCGUCAGCUACCGUACCACGUAACAACAGAUCCUCCGACUGGCAGAGAGUUCGAACUCGAUUUACGAUCCAAGGUCGACGCCAAGUGGCCAGGCCUUCCGUACAGCGUCGAGCUGAUGCACUAUGUGCAGCGAUGCUUGAGAUUCCAAGUGCGUGAUAGGUAUACGGCUGACGAACUACUGGAAAUCUGUCAGAUCAGGUUCGCCAAGUCAAGGCUGCUCAACGACUUGUUCAGUGGUAUACCGCGAGAUAAGCCGCCGAGGCGGGUGCUGCACAAGCCGGAGACGCAAGCGUAUCGUCUGGGUUUGAUCUAUCAGCCUGGAUAA